GCGAGAGCCACUGUCUCUGAUCAACCUGCGGAAGAGGAAUGUGGAAUCUGGAGAGGAAGAGCUGGCAUCCAGGCUGGAUCACUAUAAAGCCAAGGCCACAAGGCACAUCUUCCUCAUCAGGCACUCCCAGUACCAUGUGGAUGGCUCCCUGGAAAAGGACCGCACUCUGACCCCACUGGGUCGGGAACAGGCUGAACUCACAGGGCUCCGACUUGCAAGCUUGGGGUUGAAGUUUAGUAAAAUCGUCCACUCCUCCAUGACGCGUGCCGUGGAGACUACGGACAUUAUCAGCAAGCACCUGCCAGGUGUCUCUAGAGUCAGCACAGACCUGCUGCGGGAAGGUGCCCCCAUCGAGCCCGACCCGCCUGUGUCUCACUGGAAGCCAGAGGCUGUGCAGUAUUAUGAAGAUGGAGCCCGGAUUGAGGCCGCCUUCCGGAACUACAUCCACAGGGCAGACGCCAAGCAGGAGGAGGACAGCUACGAGAUCUUCAUAUGCCACGCCAAUGUCAUCCGCUACAUCGUGUGCAGAGCCCUGCAGUUUCCUCCAGAAGGUUGGCUCCGCCUCUCCCUCAACAAUGGCAGCAUCACUCACCUGGUGAUCCGACCCAAUGGCCGUGUGGCACUCAGGGCCCUAGGGGACACAGGAUUCAUGCCCCCUGAGAAGAUCACCCGGUCCUGAGGCUACCUGCAAGACCACCCUCUCAGCUGGCAGCUUGUCCAGGCAGCGCUGCGGUUUCCUUUUGUGUCUUGAGGAAGAGGAUGUCGGGAAAGUAUGCAAAUGUCUCACAUGCUGUGUUUGGAUACCUGUUUCUGGCCUAGGCUGAAAAAAAGGAACAUUCUAGUCAAUGGCCUGAUUGUAAGCUUUUCUACUUUAUAUGCCUGCCAGGACAACCCUGUGGGGUAUGUGGCGAGAACCUUCUCAGGCAGGAGGGCCUUCCUGAGGACUAAACAGGCCUCAUCUUGCUGGGCCCUCAGGUGACUUCAGAAGAUCCUGACCAUAGUGGCUGAGCAACCCACAAGCUCUGACAGAAAGCCAGUCAGGCAAGACGAUGGUUUUGUUCACAGCUCUUUUUGCUUCUUCAUAUAUUCUAAUUUCUGAAAACUGGUCAUUUAAAUAUUUGUCGAAGGUUUUCCUCACCUGGGUUCUUGCUUUGUAAACGAGAGUUAAGAGAUCUGAUGUUGCUGUGUUUGAACUCACUGACGGACACAAGGGCUGAUCACCCGCUGAGGUGAACCUGAGCUCUGAGGGAGGAAAUGAGGCUGCAGAGCAGCUGUGGCUUGCUCCUCACUGAGAGAGGUGGUAGGUAGGUGACAGCCCUGUAGUCAGAUCUCUGGAGCCAAUGAAAUAUCCCAAACUAGCUGGGUCUGGUGGCUCACCAUAAACCCAGCACUUGGGAGGCUGAGGCAGCAGAAGGACCUCAAACUUGAGGUCAGCCUGGGCUGCCAAGUGAGGCCCACUUCUACUACUGUUAAGCUUUUGGGUUAAAAAAUUAGAAAUGAGAAGUGUAUCCCAAAUCUUGUUAAUUAAUUUAAAAAGUAUAAUUUCUACAAAGUGGAAAUGCUCUUGAGCAUUUUCUGUACUCAAUACAAUGAACUGGGAUAUUUGAUCCGUUUCUCUGUCCUCUUUGGAAAUAACUAUGUAAUAAAAUUUUAGUGUUUUUUCAAAAGUAUUAAUUGUGACUGCUUUAGAGAAAAUAGGAACCUGUGCCAUGAGACCAACAGCAGUUGUGUCUAAUCCUUUCCUACAGUGUCUCAUUCCCAGGGCUGGCAGCACCACUGCAUGUCCUACUCAGAGGACAUCCCACCAGCAGCAUGUGCCAUUUCCUAGAAAUGGUGGUGCACUAGAGACUGCCAACUUCUAAACACAAAAAACUACGUGUGCCUCACUUCUGACCUCUGACAGUAUAGAGGUAGUGAGUUGCCCAUGGUUAGUGCAAAGGGCAUGUCGUAGCCCUGACAGCUGACCUUGAGGAACCACAUAGCAUUUAAGGAACAAUCUGUGGCUUUGAGGUGGGGCCCUAGCUCCUAGUGCAUAAACAGGGUCUUGUCUCCUAAGGCUGUGAUGUCCAUCUUCAGGGAGGCACAGUGGUUGCUCUGGACAGCAAUGAGCCUCCAAGUAGAAGCCAGGCUGUGCACUCUGGCCACCAGUCAGCUGCCCUAGCUACUCUCACACUGCCCUUCUGUCUCCCUGUCACAAUGGGUCAAACCGAUGCUGUGACCAGCCUGGAGCAGAAGGAUGCUGCCAGUUUCAUCAGUGAAUCCCAAGACCAGUGAUUCAGCAGAUUUUUCAAAUUCUUCUCCUAAGUGUGCUACUCAAGUUAGCUUUGAAGCCAACUAUAUGAAAUUGAGCUGUCCAGAUUUUGUCUGAAGGUUUUGUCUAAAACUGUUUGCUUCAUUUUAAGAGCUUGUGGUGCCUGUACCCUGUAUUUCUUUGAAUGUGAGAACUUCACAAUUUGAUUUCCUUCUCUAAUAUAAAUUCCCUGUCAACUUUUCUACCGCCAAGUCUUCCUCAAUGGCUUUGCAUCCCUGGCAGUGAGGAUAGCUUCUGGAUCAGUAGGUUACAGACACUGGGCAGGCCUGGGCUGAGAAGGCAGAGAAGCAGCAGAGCCCCCAACUGCCAGAGUGCCCCUGAGGACCUUCAGCCUGUGUAUGUGUGCAUGCUGUUAACACCUGGGAAGGAGUGAGUGUUCACAAGCCCAUGCCAGGGAGGGAACUGGCCAGGGCAUUUGGACAGUUACAGGGACCUAGCGAUACCAUGAUGGAAAAUGUCCACUGGUUUUUAGUGCUGGGGAUUAAACCCAUGCCCCUGGUUUGGGACUCAUGAUUGAAGACCUACUGAAACAAUGGUAGCACUAAGCUAAAUUGGCUGAAAUGAAAUUGUACACCAGGAGAGGGAAUUUUUCACAACUAUGUUAGGACAGAACAUAGUCUCUCUCUUACUCUGCUCUGAGCACAGCAAGUAAGUUCAGCACAGUGUUGUGCACCUGUAGUACCAACUACUUGGGAUUCUGAGGCUGGAGGAUAGCUUGAGCCUAGGAGCUCAAUUGCCUGGGCAAUGGCAAGACCCGCAUCUCAAAAUAACCCAACAAAUAAACCACACUUAGGUUAAUGUAGUAUUUCAUAAAAUGCUAUUUACAAGGACAGAAUUGCCAGGUGACAUAAAGCAUUUACUGGAACAGGUAUCACCUUGUUCACACAAGUGGAGAAAAUAUCAAAGGUGGCCAAAAAUUGCACUAUGCAAAUUAGGGCAAAAAACAAAAUUCCUAUUUGAAUGUUGACAACAACAUACAGGAUGGUUUACUAAAGCUUCAGAGAAAACAUCAGCUCUGAAUGUAACAUCCAUGUUCUGAUUUCUUUUUGAAAACAAAAACACCUUUUUUGGAAUGUUAUAGUUUUCAGAAGAGACUGUUUUACAGCCAGAUCUUCCAUACAACAAAUGAAACACGCCAUGUAACAAACUUCUGAAUUCUAAAUCCUAAAUCUUUCUUAUGCCUACUUAGUAUCUUUGUAUAUGCUUAAAAAGUAAAUUCAGGAAAACUAUUUACAAAAGGCACUGAAGUUGGCAAAUGCAGUGGUAGUUUUUUUGUUUUGGAUGAAGCAGUACAAGUGUCUGCACAAUACUGCUUGUGUGUGAGCAGCUGCUCAACAGCCAGGACAAGACCCAUUAUCACCAUACUGGCAACUAAGCAGAGGAAACACUCAGGUGCGGGUGAGAAAUAAAGACCUUCUGUUACUGCUGGUGAGAAUUCUGUGACUACUUGCAUGAGCCUUCCUCACCCCAGAACGUGUUUUCCAAGAGAAAGCUACUUCUAUCUUCUGAUCGGUGUUCAAGCAUUGCCAUAAGCCUGAGACUAAAAUGCCCAUUUGCUCUCUGCAACUCACUAUGGAAAAGACUAGGGUCAAAUGGUACCCAGGGCUGUGACAUCAUCAUGUAUCAGAAAGCUGCUCUCCAACAGGUGAGUUGAUGCACAACUUGUGCAAGGGUUGUGAACUUGUGCAGGUAUGCAGGGUUGCUGCUGCUAACGCUGAAGUUGACCCCCUCCAGAGCAUCUCCUCAGGGCUGGGAGAGGACAGUACACUAUCUUUGCACUUUUGCCCCAUUUGAGGGAGGGUGUGAGUGAGGCAGGGUCUCACUCUGUAGCCCAAGCUGGCCCUGAACUUGUCUCC